GCACGCGUGAGGAGGCGCAGUGUUGCCUAGUGUUGGCUUGCGGACCCAACGCGCCGGUAGCACGGGAACAUCAGUGCUAUGGAGUUGCAGAACGAUGCCGCGACAGAAAUCGGUCCAGAGGUUUUUUGCCCCGAAGUUCCGAAAGAAUUUGUGUGUACACAAAACGAACAAGAAAAGCUGUCCGGCGUUGUGAAAAGCGUCCAUCGCAAACUUCGGAGGAAAUAUAUUGAAGUGGGUGACUUUGAGAAGAUAUGGCGUGAGCACUGUGAGGACGAGCAGACUCUGAGUGAAUAUGCCGUCGCCAUGAAGAGCCUUGCCGACAACCACUGGGCCAAGAAGGGGGACGGGGAGGGCCGCAUCGAGUGGUGCCGCAGUGUUUGUCAAGAGUACUUCCUGGACGGAGGAGUGAGGAAGGUGUUGGAGAAGGAUGAGAAGGCAGCAAGGCAUGCUGCAGCUACAUGUGGAACACCUUUAAACACCCAGCCAGACUCUUCUCUGCCCAGUUUCAGCUCAAACUUCCAAUUUGGGAAGAUGCGUUUGCUGGAUGUGGGUAGCUGUUUCAAUCCCUUCUUGAAGUUUGAUGAGUUCCUCACAGUAGGAAUCGAUAUAGUUCCUGCGGUUGAGAGUGUCUACAAGUGUGACUUCCUCAACCUGCAGCUGCAACAGCCCCUGCAGCUGGCCGCUGAUGCGCUGGAGACCUUCCUGCGUCAGCUACACGGGCCCAUCGACACGCUGCCGGCACAGCUCUUCCAUGUGGUGGUGUUCUCCCUGCUCCUCUCCUACUUCCCCUCACCAUACCAGCGCUGGCUAUGCUGCAAAAAGGCGCAUGAGCUGCUGGCGCUUCAUGGCCUGCUGCUCAUCAUCACACCCGACUCAUCUCAUCAGGGCCGCCACGCACGCAUGAUGCACAGCUGGCGCGUGGCCGUGGAGUCACUGGGCUUCAGGCGCUACAAGACUUCAGCACACUCGAGGACGGCGACGGUCUCGCAGAAUGCCGUGAGGUGGUGCGCUCCGACUCCGAGGAUGACCAGCUGGCACACAGCUUUGCCGAACUGCCAGACACUCCGUACGACUCAGACUCGGGCGAGAGCCAGAGCAGCUCGGCACCUAUCCACGAGCUGGAGGACCCCAUUCUGCUGCACAGCUGAAGCCUGUGACCUGCUGCCCACUUCUAUUGCCCUACAGCUGCACUGGAAAAUUUAUGCUGGGCUCUCCUGUUCUUCUGCCCUUUUUCUUUCCUUUUAUCUUUUGUGUUUUUGUUGUUUGUUUGUUUGUUUUGUGUACAAGACACAAUGCAGUUUGCACAGAGUGGAUGAUGAUGUUUACAAAGAUGAGCCCAAGUAGCAUAUUUGGUAAAAGUCCCUGUUUUGGCACUAUGCAGGGUGGUGAGUUCUACUGUUAGGAUUAAUUGUCAAAUCCCAUCCAUGUCAUUGUCCAUUUAAGGCAAUGCAUUUGGCCGUGUUAUUCUUGGGAUGUAUGGUUGGCAGGCUGCUUCUCUCCCUUGCGGCCAAGUGUCCUCUUAAUACCAUUCUUAAUAUGUGCAUCUUUCUCAGCAUGCUGGUGAUGUGCAUUGGGGGAGAGACCUACUAUAUUGUGACUGUGAUUAGAUCAGAGGGAAAAGGUAUUUGCACUUAAUGGUAUUGAAUUUUUUAAUUAGGGGAAAGACAGAUUUUUACACAAUUAAACGUACACAAGAAGAAACUAAUAUCUUUGUAACUGGGCUGAUAUGAUAAAUAAAGCAUCUGAGUGAGUUCAGGUUAAAGGAUUUGUGUGUUUUUGUUUUUUUCCAUAGUCCAUAUUUGUAAUACAGUGUCAUCUAGACUGGAUUUUUCAAAACCCUGUCAUGUAACAUGUCUGUAUGAGGGGGGUUUUGUGGACUUUAAGUCUGUCAGUGGCAAAUAAUCCAAGAUAGUGUGUCUAGAUAGCCUGCAAAAUUUUAAUGUUGUUUCAAGAUAGAUUCAUGUUAGGUUAGCUGUAUUGUUACGCAUUAGUAGGCUAUAAAAUUUUAAAUGAGCACCUUUGCUAUAGACUUUGCCAUGGAUAUAUUCCUAGCAUUUUAUGUAUUCAGCAAUAACGUGUGUUUUGGGCUUGCUUAUGUGACACUGACUAGCUUUUCUUAAAGAUCACUUACAUGGUACAAAUCAUGCAAGAUAGUUGUAGUUCAUAAGAACAAUCUUUGAGAAGACUAGAAAGGAGGUGUGGUUUCCCCCUUUGGGGGUAUUUGAAUGGAUGCUGUUGUAAGACCUUUAUUCUGAUCAAAAAGACUUUAAAAAGCAUUUUAGAUACUUGUAGCUGUGAACUUUGAUUUAUAAGACAGUGGGUAUAACUGGUUGACCCCUAGGCCUGACUUGAUGCACUUGAUGGGAUGGAGGGGUCAUAGGUGUUCUCUCCUUUUUUUCAGUCUCUCCUUUUGCCAAUGCUUUGCUGAAUAUUGAAUGAUAAUUUAUUUCCAAUGACAAUUUUCAAAGCAAGUAUGCUUCUCAAUGUCUUAACAUUGUUUAAACCAUUUGUGAUGCUGAUUACUGUAUGACAAAUUUACAUCUCAUUAAUUCCUUUUUUUAGACUCUUCACAUCACCUUUUGUAUUAUACUGUGAAAUAGGCAAUUUGUCACUUUAGGAGUUAGUUUUAUAAGAUCACGCUUACUGAACACCUUUUAAUAAGAGUUACUUGACAUCACCCUUGCUUCUAAGCCAGAACAGCAAUACAUCCAUAAUGUUAAAUGGUAAAUGUGUUUAUUAUAGAGCACUUUAUGACCUGCUGGUUUGCUUUGACUAUGGGAUAGCAGAUACACAAAUAUGAUUUAAUAGCUCUUAUUGGUAAAUCUAUGGAGUGUGUUCUAAAGCUUUGUUCAAGUGGAUGCAUAUUAUUUUCAGUAUAACACACAUUUAAUUUUUAAAAAGGUCCAGUUUGAGCGUGCCAAAAGGGCAUCCCUUAUUCUUGUUUGUCAUUCUUUUUGAUGAUGUUAAUGAAGGCAUACCAAGGAACACUGGUUCUUUCAUUUGACAUUGAAUCAGUUUGAUCAGUUCUUUUGGUGCCUUUUAGCCCAGACUGUAUGGGUGCAAAACUGAGAGCAGGAAAUUUGAUGCUUGAGGAUGUACAAAUCUUUAAAUAUUGAUUUUGGACAUGAAACCGAACAUUUCAAAGAAUACUGACUCUAAUCAGGUAUGGUGUUAAUUAUCAUCAUUACCAAGUACUGUCAGCCACUUUAAUCAUAUUAGCUGUAGUAUUACAUUUCAUGGGAAUAUUAGACAUUUUUCUAAAACUGAAAGAUUUAGAUUUUUAAAAAAUGCUUUACUGGAUGGGUUUGUGCAUUGUAAUGUCUUCCCAUUGCCCUAAUCUGCUAUGUACACAAACAGUUUCUGUUUAGUGUUGUUCAACUGCAAAACUAUUGGUGUGAAUUGUAUGAAGAUCAUCUUUUAUAAAUUAGAAAUUUCAUACAUGCAAAAAAGUACUUAAAUAAAAAUAAAAAUCAGAUCCUUUCAA